AUGGCUGCGGGAAAGCCCCUCAUUAUUGUGCUCCGGAUGACAUUCCUCACUCUUCCAGUGUUUACCGUGGAAAGAGCUCUGUGCCAGCAAGCAGCUGCCUCUUCAUUAUCUGUCUUGCUUGGAGCAAUAUCUUCAUCAGUUUCUUCCUCUGGUUCAUCUGAAUCUUCCUCAGCUUCAUCUUCCCCAUCAGCUGAAUCUCCCUGGUUUCCAUUACAGUCCAUCUCAGUUCCCUCCUCUUUUUUGGAGCCUUCAACAUCGUCUUCAUCGUUGCCAUGGCUUCCAUUUGGGAUGUUAAUGCGUUCACAUGGUGUCACAUUUGUUUCUGUCUUUUCAUCAUCAUUCGUGGUGGCCUCCAUUCCUUCUGCACAAUCCUCUUCACUGCUAGCAGCAGUUUCCUCCACAUCUUCACUGGCUUCCACAUCCUGCUCUUUGUCAGAUUCAUGUUCAGUUGUGUCCGCCAAGUCUUCUGCUGCGUUUUCCUCUUCUGCAGCAGUGGUUUCACCAGCUUCUUCUUUCAUUUCAUCUUCACUUGUGGCAGCAAUCUCCUCAUCUCCAGCAACCUCAUCUUCAGUUGCGUCUGCUUCAGAUGGCUGUUUUGACACAAUCUCCUUUUCUACAACAAGCUCAUCUUCAUCAUUCUCCUCUGCAGUGUUGGCAUCUAAACUCUCUGCAAAAUCAUCGUCGCUGGUGGCAGCAGCCUCUUCAGCAUCUUCAAUUGCUGCCACAGCCUCCUCUUUGUCUGAUUCCUCAAUCUCUUUUUCUACAGCAAUCUCAUCCUCAGCUUCUUCAGCUGUGGCUGUGUCUUCAUUCUCAUCUGCACUUGUGGUAGCAAGCUCUUCUGUACCAUCAACUGCCCCCUCUUCCACCUCUUCAGAGUCAUCACUGGCUGUAUCAUCUACACUAAUGGCAGCAAUCUCUUCAUCAUGAUCAACUGUUCCUUCUUCCACAGCCUCUUCUUUGUCAGAUACGUCUUCACUUGUGAUUGCCCUGGUGGUCUCUACUGCUUUCCUCAACUGUGGCUGUGGCGUCAUCAUUGUCUGCCUGGGCUACCACAAUAGAUUCUUCAGAAUCACCUUUACCGGCAGUAGUGUCCUCUCUCUCUGUAACUGCCCCCGCUUCAAUAGCCUCCUCGUUGUCAGUUUCUUCUGCUAA